CGCCUCCUCUUGCCCCCUCCUCCUCCGCCCCUGGGCGCACACCUCUGGGUGCAGAUUGCAAAGCUCCUUUCCUUGCGAGAAGUGCAAAAUUGUCAAGAGCUAGAGGCUCGCCCACCUGGUGCGGCAGGAGCGCGCGCCUGUGUCCCUUGGGGACCCUCAGUUGCAAAGAGACAGCUGCUCGGUCACCCACUCGCCCCGACUAUCGGAUCCUCCCGGGACACUCUGGAGUUGCACCUUCCUGCAGAGGACUGGCUGACCCCCGCAGAGCUCUUAGGAUCUGCUACGUUCUGAUACCGGAGUCUCGCAGCCGCGCAGCUCUCCCGACCCCGGGACACACUCGGCCGAACCCCAGCCGUGGGCAGGUGACUGGUCUAGCAUCUCGUCGACUCUCCAUGAGCUCAUGAACCUGGGAGCCGGUGUCCGGCGAUGGCGCGGCCUCUGAGCGACAGGACCCCGGGCCCCCUGCUGUUGGGAGGCCCGGCAGGGGCCCCCGCUGGCGGGGGAGCGUUGCUUGGGCUGCGGAGCCUUCUGCAGGGGACCAGCAAGCCCAAAGAGCCGGCCAGCUGUCUCCUGAAGGAAAAGGAGCGGAAGGCGACUCUGCCCCCAGCUCCCGUCCCGGGACCGGGCCUGGAGACGGCUGGCCCAGCCGAUGCCCCGGCAGGGGCAGUCGGUGGCUUGACCUCUAGGGACACACCCAGUCCUGUGGACCCAGACACCGUGGAGGUGCUAAUGACCUUUGAACCUGAUCCAGCUGAUCUUGCCCUGUCAAGCAUUCCAGGCCAUGAGACUUUUGACCCUCGGAGACACCGCUUCUCAGAGGAGGAACUGAAGCCUCAGCCAAUCAUGAAGAAGGCAAGGAAAGUCCAGGUGCCCGAGGAACAGAAGGAUGAGAAGUACUGGAGCCGGAGGUACAAGAAUAACGAGGCAGCCAAGAGGUCUCGGGACGCACGAAGACUCAAGGAGAAUCAGAUAUCUGUGCGGGCAGCCUUCCUGGAGAAGGAGAACGCCCUCUUGCGGCAGGAGGUGGUGGCUGUGCGGCAGGAGCUGUCCCACUACCGUGCUGUGCUCUCACGCUAUCAGGCCCAGCACGGGACACUGUGAGGCCACGGCCACCCUGCCCGGGCCGAGUUCUCUUCCUUGCUCAGACUUGCACCUGUCACUUCCUCCCUCCUGUCCCAUGGCUGAUGGUCUGGCCAGCUAGGUGCCCCAGGGACGUGAUGAUACAGACAAAUACAUUUAUAUUUUUAAGAAAAGCUAGCCAUCUCCCACCUCCCUCGUGGGGGUGGGGAGGGUCCUGUGUGUGCUCUUAGCACUUCGGGGAACCUAUCCACCCAACCGCCUCCGUCGUCAACACAAUCCUGAAUAAAUCUUGAGAACCCA